AUGAUCAGAGGCAUCGUGGUCGUCAAUAAUCUGGGGGGAAUCUUCUUGAGAAGUGAAUAUGAAAAGAAGAGAAGUGCUGUGGACACAAACCCUUUGUCAAUGUAUGUAAUGCAACAUCUAUGGAACAAAAUAGUUAAGGUAGUACCUCUUUGGAUUGCUCCAAACUUGUUAACUUUUGUUGGAUUUUUGAUGAUCUUAUGGAAUUAUUUGCUAUUGUGCUUUUAUGACUGGGGCUACACAGCAUCAGGUAUUGGAUAUCAACAUAUUCCAAACUGGGUCUGGAUCUCUGCAGCGCUGGGAAACUUUUUGGCUUAUGCUUUAGACUCAAUUGAUGGGAAACAUGCCAGGAGAACUCAGUCCAGCAGCCCUUUGGGAGAAUUAUUCGACCAUGGACUUGACAGCUGGACUGCGUCUAUUUUUCCAAUAUCAAUAUUCUCCAUCUUUGGAUGUAAUUCUGGAGACAGUGGAUUAGCAGCAACAACAAUGUAUUCAGUCACUUGUAUUGUUUUAUUUACUUUUAUGCUCUCACAUUGGGAGAAAUACAACACCGGGGUACUCUUUUUGCCCUGGGCAUAUGAUAUCAGUCAAAUGUCCAUGUCUGUGUUAUAUAUUUUGACUGCGGUGGUUGGAGUAGAUACCUUUCACAAACCUUUAGUAUUUAAUUUCUACAUGACUCAUAUAUUAAUAACAUUUCUUGUAGGGUGCAGCUUACUAAUUUCAGUUCCUCAGACAGUGCACAACAUAUUUCGAGGCUACAAUCAGAAAACCUUGCUGAAGCCAUCCCUGUAUGAAGGACUUUUACCCUUGUUAUCUCCAUCCCUGUUAUGCUUUUUGUUGAGCAUUUGGGUUGCAUAUUCUCCAUGUGGUAUCCUCGAGAAACAGCCACGGUUAUUUUUAUGGAUGCUAGGAGUAACAUUUUCUAAUGUCACAUGCCGAGUGAUUAUAUCCCAAAUGACAAACACAAGGUGUGAAGUCUUCCACUGGAUGCUUUUCCCUCUUAUUCUGCUAGUGGGCGCUGCUGUGUCAGGACUGCUUGGACAAGUGGAGGAAAUUACUUUCAUUGCUUUUACGCUCCUUACUACUGCAGCACAUGUACACUAUGGAGUUUGUGUGGGGAAACAACUGAGCAAACAUUUGAACAUCUACGUCUUCUCUCUAAGGAAGCGGGAGGACAUCUGACAAUGUCGCCCUUGAAGAAGCAAGACUUGAAAGACUACGGUCUAUGAUUACAUGUUGGUGACUUGCAGUUCUCAAUCUACAUCACCGUUUAUUAAUAACAUCUAUUGAUUGCAUUUAUUGGUACAUACGGAACAUGCAGCUGAAGCUAGUUAUUGAUAUAGUCAUAAGGCAUUAUAUUUCUUCACAUAAUGAUACUUUAUAAUUCCCAAGACAAACAUGGGAAUAAAAUUAUAUUUUCUGGGAAAGUUAAUGUUUCUGCAAGUUUUUCUGUGGGUUUUAUUAUUGCAAGAGUUUAUAGACAGCUAAAGCAUUACAUUCUAUGAAAAAGUAGAUGUUACUCAAAUUCCUCAGCACUAUCACUUGUGUAAGAUAUGAUAAACAGAAAAAGGACGCACGAUUGUUGAUGUUUGAUCAAAACUACAGAAUGAAAUGAAAGGUAAAUCGAUGGACAAUAAAUAGAAACGUCAUUAUUUACCGGUAAUUACCAGCCAAUGAACAUAGGGCACUUUAGAGACUUUCCUACAAUACUGACUGCUGUUCUAACAAUAUUGAUCUGGUGACAAAUCAGGCAAGAGAAAAAAUGUUGAAUGUGGUGGUGCACAGUCUCAUCUGUGUAUUUUGCAAUUUGUGUGUAUGUUUCUGUUAUUUGAACCGUGUUGUAGAGUUUUCUGUGAAACAUUGGAGUCUGUGAUUACAGAAAAAGACUCACUGAUUUUUGUGCCAAUGAGACACCUUUACGAGGUUAUUGAAAAGCAUUUUGUUAAAACAAAUAUAUAUUUUGUUGCCUGUUGCAUCACAACUUGAUAUGGCUUUAAUCAUGAUUCAUUUUAAAAAUUUUCCCAUUAUGAAAGCAGUUCUCUUACAAUUUCACUAUAAAGUCUGUUACGAUUUUUAAGAAAGCAGUCAUUUUGGUGUCAUUUAUAAUGGUGAUUCUCCCUCCAUCAACAACAUUGCCAAACCACAGCUGUGUAUUCCGUAACAGUUAUGGACAUUGGAGAUACAACGGAUACACAGUUCACAGCAUACUGAGGGUGCAUUUCCACGAAAUAAACGUGGACAUUAAUAUUAAUGGUGACUUUACCAACAGAGCUGUAAUUGCACUGUUAAAAACUAAGCUCAGUCUGGUUAUUUGGUGAUAAUGAGGGUAAGGAGUAUGAAUCUGCAAUCCUUACAUCUUUCAUAUCUUUUUCUAGCAAGUCUACAUGUUACCGGAAUUAUUUGUAAUUUAAAGUAUCUCUGUCAUUGGAAAUAGUGCAUGCCCCAUAAUGUACAUUUUAAAAAUGGUCUGCACCUUCUGUCAAGUAUAUCAACUGUCCCGUUUUUGGCCAGACAUUCCCUAUUUUAGAGUUCUGUUCCACCGUCCCAAUAUUGGACACCAAGGAACUGUCAUCAGCCUACACCCUUUCAAAGGCGAAUUCGUCAAGUUGUGGCACUGACGACUCCACCAGGUCCCACCCACCCAAUCCUGAUCCCUUACCUCUCAAUGUAUGUUUUGUUGAUCAUUUAUCAAAAUGUUCAGCAGAUUUAUUUAUUAAACAAAAACAAACAAAAGUUAUCCAGCUAACUUUGAGUAUCAGAUAGACUUUGAUUGGCUGGUGACAUCCCAUUUUGUUAGUUUUUCUUAGGUUUGUUUUUUGUUUUCCUAGUAAUUUUGACUGAGGGUUCGAUAACAGUGAGGCAAUUGUAAAAUGGCCACCUCCAUUGGUAAACACUGACAGACUGUAAAUUGGUAGUUCCAGCUAAACUCACCAUAGCUUGGUUAGAUUAAAAUGAUAUCAAUUUAUUGACAUUAUUGUUUAAAACUUGUUUAUGUAAAAUACAUUUUCAUGUGACAGUGCCUCUUUAACAGUGGGAAUCUUUGGCAUUCAUUGUACACUAUUAAUAUUUUUUAGUUUA